CGCGAUCGUAUUACAGUGAAAGACGCGACCCUUGGCGAGAGAACCGCGGCGACCGCCGUAUGGGCCGCUAUGAAGGUAAAAACGAAAUUGGGAAUGGGUAUGAAGAGAGGAAGGAAAACGAGGGGGAGGAAGAGGACGAAGAGAACAUUGCCAACGGCGAAACGCGGAGGCUUAUUGCCCAUUCUACCAAUUUUGGGAGUACUUGGUUCCUUGAUUGGUGGAGCCGCCGGUGUAGCAAAAGCGGUGAACGACAAUAAAGCCGCGCGACGUCAGUUAGAGGAGUUGCAACGUCACAAUGGGACGAUGGAGGGUCGCGGAUUGCAUCUCGCACCGUACAAAAAACAUGGAGGUGGUGGACAAAGAAGCGGUAAGAGUGGGAAAAGUAAAAAAAAACGUGGACGGAGACGCUAGAGGUGCUCAAUUUACCGAUGUUUGACGUCACGACGAGCGGACAAUUGAAUCGAGCGGCGCGUAAACUACGCAUACCACACUUUAGAGGGGUGUUCAUGCGUGACGAUUUACCCGUAAAAGCGCGACGUCAGGAGUGUGGCAUCGUAAAUCUCGACGACAAGGUGGGUCCGGGUACACAUUGGGUUGCCUAUGCGAAAAAGGUGAACAGUGUUGUAUACUUUGACAGUUUUGGAAAUCUUCAACCUCCGCGAGAACUCACGCGCUAUCUAGGGGACGCCAACGUAACGUACAAUCAUCAAUCGUAUCAAACAUUCAAUCAGACUUUCUGCGGUCAAUUGUGUUUGCGAUUUCUUUACGAAUUCGAUUGGACGCGUCCUAGAUAAAAAAAACCAGCGCACUCG